AAUACCUAAAGCGUUUUGACUUUAAGUUAAAUCUCUUUCCUCUUGUACUUUUGAACACUCUUGAAAUGGGAAAUUUAAUUCAGUUCUCAGAUUCCAGUCGAUGCAAGCAUUCAUCCAGAUGAUAUUGAUGUGAGUGAGGGUGGAGAAUAACCCAGAAAUCAUAUCAAUUAUGAUGAAUUUCUUGCUCUGAAAAAGUUUUAAACCCCUACUUACACAUCUGCUUAUGUGUAUUAUACUAAAUAGUAACCACUGCCAUUUGAACAUUGCUUUGGAACAUAGGUAACAGAACACAAAAAUUAAAUCACAUGAUACACACCAGAGAUCCUAGCUAAUGUGUGCAAUAUUAAACUCAUUUUUUUCUCAGUCAUGUGUUAAAAGAAAGAAAAGUGGGACAACGGGACUUCUUGGUUUGUUUUUUUUUUUUUUCCAAGUAGUUGUAAGUACUUACAUACUUUCAAGGAACUUAAACAUACCUGAAUCUUUAUCCACAUGUAUUUGGCUUGCCUUUCAACCCAUACUCCCCAGAAGCAGUUGCUUUCUAUGUAUAAUGGACUUUAUUUUUGUAGAUACUGUGUUACUGUGUGUUUGAGGAAGGCUGAGCAACAAUGUGCAAAUUACCUCCUGAGAUUUUGGCAAAGGCAGCAAAGUAGACAAUAGCGGGAGGCAGCAGCAUGGAGCUGCCAGUAUGACCUAAUUCUUUUUGGAGAACAUCUGGAAGUUUCAGUGAUUUGCUAAAUCAGUCUUCAGCUUUUACUAGUUUUUACCAGAAAUUCUCCAAGUAACAGCAGUUUGUCUGUUCAUGGAGACAUCACUGGGUAACAAGAGCCACGUUCCUCCUGCUCUGCCUGCGCGAGCCGUGAGCAGCAGCAGGGCCCUUCCGCCGGCCAGGGCUUGGUAAGUCAACUAAUCUCGCCAAGUUUUAGCGAGUCGGAAGUUCGUACAGGCACACAAGCUGCUGAACUGCCCGCGUUGUAACUUUGAGCCCCAGGGGCCGUUUUUGCUGUUUUAAGCUGGCUACAGGACUUGAAGGACAGCGCUUCCCCCGCAUGGCGUGGCGGCCGCGGGAGCUCCAGCGCCGGGUUUCCCUCCGCCCGGCCGCUGCGGAACCACGACUCCCAGCGUGCGCUGCGCCGCGGGGCGCCAUUGGCUGAAGCCGGGGUCGGGCCUGCCAGCGGCUUCCGGGAGCUGCGGGGAGGGGCACCGGAAGUGUUAUCGUAGAGCACCGGAAGCUGUCCUGCCCGUAGCAACGCGGCCGUGCGCCCGAGCACCAGGCGCGGCCAUGCCGGUGUGGCUGCGGGAGUUCCGCUGGCGGCAGAGCCCCGCGGCCGUCUACCUCUCGCUGCCCUUGCGCGGCGUUCGCGUCACCUCCGCCAACAUCUUCUGCACUGACCGGUACCUGAAGGUGGGGCGGCCGCGUCCCGCGCCCUCGGCCGUCUCACGGGGCUUCUUUGGUGCAGAAUCGCCGCCGUGGGAUGCGUUGUGCCCGCGCUGGCCUGGCGCGAUUUUAUAGUUCUCUUAAAAACCACACACUUGAUUCACCGUGGCAGUGCUGUCAAGUAAGCGUCCCUCCCUUUUUAUUUGAAGCCAUUUUAUAUGCUCCUAUUGAUGACACAAAUAGCACAGCAAAGAUUGGAAAUGGAAUAAUUUUCUUCACUUUGUAUAAAAAAGAAGUGGCCAUGUGGGAUUACCUAACUCUAUCAAAUGCUAACAAGGAGAAACUGCAGUAUCUGAGAGAGAAUGCUGUUCUAAAAUCCCAUGAAAAGGCAAAGGAGGAGACAGAAGCAAAAAAAGUUACAAAACAGGAACACAAAAAAUACACUUUGGAGGCCACAAUGAAGCUAGAAGAAGCAGAAAGAAAAAGAAUUGAAGAUCUGAAAGAAAAGGAGAGGCUGAAGGUCAUGAAGGAGUUGGAGCUAUGGAGAAAAGAGCAAAAAGAUAGUGAGAAACAAAAGAGGGUACAAAAAGAAGAGGAAUUAUGUCAAGAAGCAGAGCAAUUAAAGGAGAAGAAAAAGGAAAAAAUGAACAAAGCUGCGAUUCCUAAUGAAGGAACUUCUGAGACCAGACUCAAACCUACUAAAGGUUGUGGUUCCUUUAGUAUGUUUUCAGAAAAUUUAAAGGAAGAACGGUUACCGGCUCCUCGAUCUGCUGCUACAAUUAAAAUCAACUUUACACCACGAGUUUUUCCUACAGCUCUGCGAGAAUCUCGUGUUGCAGAAGAGGAGGAGUGGCUACGUAAACAAGCAGAAGCUCGAAGAACGAUAAAUGCUGAUUUGUCUGAGCUGGAAGACUUAAAAGAAGAGGAGAAGAAUCCAGACUGGUUGAAGGACAAAGGAAACAAAAUGUUUGCAACAGGAAACUACCUCGCAGCUGUAAACGCGUAUAACCUCGCAGUGCGGCUAAACAAUAAGCUUCCCCUGCUGUACCUGAAUCGUGCUGCUUGCCACCUGAAACUGAGAAAUUUACAUAAAGCUAUUGAAGAUUCCUCUAAGGCACUAGAACUGCUUACACCACCUGUUCCUGAUAAUGAGAAUGCUCGAGUAAAAGCAUAUGUGAGACGUGGAACUGCGUUUUGUCAGCUGGAGUUAUUUACUGAAGGUCUCCAGGACUAUGAAGCAGCUCUCAAGAUCGAUCCUAAAAAUAAAACUAUAGAAAAAGAUGCUGAGAAGAUUCGACACCUAAUUCAAGGAACGCCACAAGAUUCUUAAUUGAAAACAAAAACAGCCUUUGAGAGGGAUGCCUUUUGAGGGCAUCAGAAUGAAUCUUAGUUCUCUUCAAUGUGUUGUUAGCUAGACAUUUUCCUGUUUCACUCAAAACACCUACAGAAUUGGUAAAAGACUGGGUAUAUGAAUUACUAUUUUUGAAAGUAUAUUAUUAUAACAAAUAUUAUUAGUUUUAUUUUAUGUAAUUUUUAUACAAGGUUAUAACAUUUUUGCUUUCUGUGAAAUAUUGGGGGGCUGAAUAUUAAAACAUGCUCUUCAUACUUGA